AGUGCACUUCUGGUCAGUAUGGAGGGUGUUGUCUGUCUACUUGACCCGGCUCUGAUCAACUGGUUCUCUUACGAUCCACACAACAAUGUGAAGCUCUCCAAUCAGGGAAGGGAGACCGUGACAUUGGACGCAUCUCUUGUGAAAGCCACGCUGCCCUUGAAGACAAACACAUCUCAAGUUUCCCUGGCCUCCUCUGGCUCAGUAACACCGAACACGGAGUCACUCAGACAGACACAGACAAACACCGAUACACCCACUGUCACACACACGCGCUCCACCGCACAUGUGCCCACCACCCAGGGUGAGGAAGGUCAAAAGGUCAAGGAGGGAACAGAUGGAGGUGAUGACCUUUCAAACAAACUAGCCACCUUAUUCCCAUUCAUUCGAAUGCUGCAAGUCCAGGUGGACAUCAAGAGUUGCUGUGUGUUCGUAAACAAGACAUCGAUGACAGUUCCAGAGCCAAGUGUUUAUAUCCCACAGAACUUCCUGUCUGCUCUCCAGCAGGGCGUGGUCCCAGGAACGGUGGUCAUCUGUCUCCCCCACCUACAUGUGGUCAGUUCAGGGGUCAAACAGGUGCACCCCUUACAGGAAAUCCCAAUAACCUCCAUGGACGGAUCUCUUGUUGGUGAGAAGUUGCCAUGGAUAAUGAGCUUGAAGAACUUCAGCAUAUACACCCUACUGUCCAGAACAGCAGUCUUCUCCAUCCUCAAACCGGUGUCGGUCAACUGUACAGUGGCAGUCAGUACCAAGUAUUCUCCACCCACCUCAGAUGUCAUCUCGGCUCUCGGACUUUGUCUCCACACUGACAUGAGGAGUGUUACACUGGCAUGCUCUAAACAACAGGUCCAGUUAUGUACUUCUACUGGGAUUUGGCUAAAUACUCUCCUCAAGCGAGGAUUUGCCCUCACUAAAAGUCUCUUGAGGCCAGAAAAGGUGAAGGUCACACUGACCCCAAGGUCAGACAUGAAGGAGACAAGGAACCCACCAAGCCUCCAGAGAGACCAGCCAAACAUGGCCGCCAUCACAGAAGAUGUUGAGCAGACAGAGACAGGAACAUCAGGAGAGCUCACAUCAAGGGACACCACUCCUAUUCGAGACCUUCUCAUGAAGGAUAUGCCAGAAAAUGGAGUGAAGCUAUCGUUAUGGUUACAGUGGACAUUACCGAAGUUUGAAAUACGGUUUUAUAGACAGAGAGAAGGACAGGGACAAGAUACCAAGGUUACCGUGGUGAUGGAAGACCUGACAACUUCUGUUGAUGUGGAAGCAAUCUACGCCAAGGUCAAGGUCACAUGUGGUGGAUGUUGUAUACAUCAUUAUAAUAGAAACCAUCAGAGUGCAAAGCCUACAAGCUGGUCUAAAGGGGAAAACCUUGGAAUCUUGAUGAGUUCCCAAAAGGAACUGGCCAGUGACAUUCACGUCGUAUCAAACAAGGUGUGGUCAUGUGACUCACAGACCUCACCUACUCACACCUUCAUGAUUGGAGAGUCAAAAACAAGGGAGGUAAACCGCCGUUUUAUUAAUCUCACCUUCACGCGGGCCUUGUGCAAAAAUGUGAAACAAAAAUUACGAAAAAUAAAUGCUGACUUAGUUGGUGUACAGGAAGUUGGGAGUGAAGUGGCAAAUGAACUUUAUUUCCAUAAACAUAUCUCUGAGGUGUGUCUCAGUCUGGAGCCGUGCGAUUUUGUGUUCAAUAUUCCAGCUCUUCUAACAGUGGCAGAUUGUUUCGCUGUUUCUAGUGUCAAAAAUUCUGGAUCAUUACCUAAGAGUUCAACUCCUAAUCUGGUUGCUGGAGAGCCGAACUUUGCUCCCAUGGUGACGUCUAGCCUUCUUCCUCUUCUCUAUGUUGAUAUGGCCAGCAUACGAGUGUUCAUGCCUGUUAAACAUUCCACUGGUCCUGAUCUCGCAUCUCGGGUAGAAAAAGACAACAAAUUUACGAGUACAGUGGAUCAUGAUUUAAUUGUGGGGUUCAUACACUCAAUUGCUGUCACCCCACAAGCAGACAACCCGUUGCCACGUUAUGCAGUGGAGAAAGAACUGUAUAGCCGAGCAAUGCAUCAUGGGAUAGAUAGAGUGCCAGGUUCUUCAAUCGAGAACCGACAAUACCAAAUGGAAUUCAAAGGACUAUCACUCUGCACAGGGUGCUGGUCAGAUUUUGUGGACAGACAAACAAGUGGGGAGCAGUCAGACAUUGCUACACCUACUAUACAGAUUCCAGCUCUGGAGUGGAACACCCUACUCAAACCAGAGAAACAGAAGAUGGACAUACAGCUAGUCCCCCUCGUGGCAAGUCUGGAUAUGAAAAUAGUGGCUGCACCAGCUAUCACUUACACACCUAAGGAGGAUAGUCAGAUUCCAAUAUUAGUCUGUGGUCACACAAUCGAACUCAAUGCUUCAAGUGACAUAGACUUUUUUAUCAGCACCAAUCAAGUCCAUCUUCUGGAAUGCUGGAUUAGCCAAUCAAAAGUAGUGUUACUGCCACCAAAGAUACAAAAACCAGAUGAUGAAAUGGACAAGGUUGAUGAGAUUAAAUCAGAUCACAUGACCUAUGAUAGCGGCAUUGGGAGUGAGAGUUCGGCCUUAAUCUUACUGAAAGGAGUUUCUCCCAUUCCCUUACACCACAUGGCAACCCUAGAACAUGUUCAAAGUCCCAAGUUUGUGAACCCGUUUGACCUACUGUUGACAGCGGGUCGAAUUUCUUGCACUGUAUACACACACAAACUUCUAAAGGAGGAUUAUCACGCCAACAAGACUCAGGACUGCAGAGAUGAUGCCGACUCACCAGGAAACAAGUCCUCUCCACAGGAAGGGUCGGAGUCUGAGAGAAACAGAUCUUCAUAUUCUUUUCUGAAUAUUCAUGAUGUGUACCGGGACACUGAAAAGGUCAUAAGGUCAGGGAGCUGUGUGAUCCAGCCCUUUCUGUAUGUAUACUUCUCCCAACCGCACACAGUUCUGAAGUGCCACCAUGUGGAACAGACGUUUGAAAUGUCAUGCUACGAUAUCCUGAUAAAGGGAGCUGCAUCAAAUCUGAUUGAAGCAGAUGAUAAGAAAAUCAUUCCAGACUGUUCCGAUUUCCAACUUUACUGGAUAGAGACAAGGGCAGGGAAACCACACCCUAAAACGGGUAUACCACCUAGCCUCUACACCCUCAGGGUCAACAACUUCCUCAAGGACACAGCAGCUUGCAUCAACCUGAAGGUGGAACGUCCCUUAAAGGUGAAUCUCAGUGAGGAGAAACUUGAUCAGGUGCAGCAGUUUAUAGAGGACUUGCUGUUGUCAAACAGGAAACAAGAGCAGGAAGCAGAGGUCAAGGACCAAGUGGCGAGCUGGAAAUCUCAAGUUCAAGGUCACCAACCGGACCUUUUCCAUGUGGUGUUAGGUAAACUUGAAAGAUUGGAACUACAGACAGAACAAAUAGUAGUAUCCAUGGAAACGGGAACCGAUUUCAAGAAUUCUGGGAUUAUAGGUUGUGUUGAUGGAACGAGGCUGGAGAUGGGUCUCGAUCAAGUCAGCACAGGCAGUAUAGAGAGUGUUGAAGCGUAUUUACUGCUGAAGGACAUCAAAGUGUUGAGUGUGUACGAGAAACAGUCACAGACUCUUCUCCACCCAUGCACUGUCACAGUGGACGCCGUCAUGGAAUGGUACAAGAACUCUGAUUGGCAGUCGCACAUCUCUACAAUGUCGGCUACCAUAACAACAGGUCUUGUGACAGUUACUCUUGGUCAAGAGCAUUUCAUGUGUUUUACAAGCCUACAAGAACAGCUGAAGAGGAUGUUAAAGAAAAACCGAAAGGCCAAGGGAAAAUUUCCUUAUAAAGAAAGUUCAACGUCAAAAACAAAAGAAACAAAAAUGGAAAAGGAUGAGGAUCUGAUCCUGGAGCAGACUACUGAUGAUCUGCGAUCAGGACAGUUUCAGUAUGUCCAAAAUCCAGAUCCUGAUGUGGAGGCUGGUUCAGGGGAGAUAACUUUUUGUAGUCGUGACAGUGCUGGGAACAGCUUGAUGACAUGGUGUUAUGACGAGCCAAGAGUUAUCUCCCAUGUUAGCUUUACGCCAAUUCCUUUUAACGUGCCCCGCGAAGUCAGGGCCAUGGGGGAGUCAGGAACACUGAUCCCCUGUACCCUCCAGUACCAGGACACGGCUGCUCAUCCCUCUGUGUCUGGUUCUCACUGAUGUAUUUCUUCCCUUAGAUCUCCUGUACCCUCCAGUACCAGGACACGGCCACUCAUCCCCCUGUGUCUGGUUCUCACUGAUGUGUUGGUUCCCUUAGAUCCCCUGUACCCUCCAGUACCAGGAAACGGCCACUCAUCCCCCUGUGUCUGGUUCUCACUGAUGUUUUUGUCCCCUUAGAUCCCUGUUCCCUCCAGUACCAGGACACGGCCACUUAUCCACAUGUGUCUGGUUCUCACUGAUGUGUGUAUUGGUUCCCUUAGAUCCCCUGUACCCUCCAGUACCAGGAAACGGCCCCUCAUCCCCCUGUGUCUGGUUCUCACUGAUGUGUUGGUUCCCUUAGAUCCCCUGUCCCCUCCAGUACCAGGACACGGCUACUCAUCCCCCUGUGUCUGGUUCUCACUGAUGUGUGUCUUUGUUCCCUUAGAUCCCCUGUCCCCUCCAGUACCAGGACACGGCCACUCAUCCCCCUGGGUCUGGUUUUCACUGAUGUAUUUCUUCCCUUAGAUCCCCUGUACCCUCCAGUACCAGGACACAGCCACUCAUCCCCCUGUGUCUGGUUCUCACUGAUGUAUUUCUUCCCUUAGAUCUCCUGUACCCUCUAGUACCAGGACAUGGCCACUAAUCCCCCUGUGUCUGGUUCUCACUGAUGUAUUGGUUCCCUUA